UCCCUUCCCCAUUAAAACUCCAUAUAAGGGAGAGCUUGAGACUUAGAGAGAGCAAAUCAACCAUGGCUUGCUCUUUGCUUCCAACCACCACAUUGCUUCUUCUUAUUUUCCUUUUUCCAACAUUUGUUGAGUCUGCCAUUCGUCAUUAUAAUUUCACAGUGGUGAUGAAGAACACGACCAAGUUAUGUUCAAGCAAGUCCAUAGCAACCAUCAAUGGAAAGUUUCCUGGGCCAACUCUUUAUGCAAGGGAAGACGAUACUGUCAAUGUCAGAGUCAGCAACAAUAUUCAGUACAACGUCACCAUUCAUUGGCAUGGGGUGAGGCAGCUGAGGACGGGGUGGUCAGAUGGGCCAGCGUACAUUACACAAUGCCCAAUUCAGCCAGGGCAAAGUUUUCUCUACAAUUUCACACUUACAGGCCAGAGAGGCACUCUUCUUUGGCAUGCACAUAUUUCUUGGCUAAGAACAACAAUUCAUGGUGCCAUUGUCAUCUUUCCUAAGAAAGGAGUCCCUUACCCAUUUCCAAAACCUGACAAGGAAAAACUCAUCAUAUUAAGUGAAUGGUGGAAAGCAGAUACUGAAGCAGUGAUCAAUCAGGCUAUGCAAACUGGUUUGCCACCCAAUAUUUCAGAUUCUCACACUAUUAAUGGCCAUGUAGGACCUGCUACUGGUUGUACUUCUCAAGGGUACACAUUACAUGUUGAACCUGGCAAGACCUACUUGAUACGUCUUGUGAAUGCAGCAAUAAACGAUGAGUUAUUCUUCAAAAUUGCAGGCCAUAAUCUUAAAAUUGUUGAAGUUGAUGCGAGUUAUACAAAACCCUUCACCACAGAUACAAUAUUCAUAGGUCCAGGCCAGACCACAAAUGCUCUAUUAACCACAGAUCAAGCCACUGGCAAGUACUUAAUAGCUGUUUCUCCUUUCAUGGACACCAUUGUAGCAGUUGAUAACGUUACAGCAAUUGCUUUCUUGCGAUACAAGGAUACCCUGGCAUUUUCCCCACCUGUCCUGACAUCAACUCCUGCCAUUAAUGCAACAGCAGUAACAUCGAAAUUUAUGGACAACCUUCGAAGCCUGAACUCGAAGAAGUACCCUGCUAAUGUCCCAUUGACAGUGGAUCAUUACCUCUACUUUACUAUUGGAGUUGGAAUCAAUUCUUGCCCAACCUGUGUUAAUGGUUCAAAAUCUGUGGGAAAUAUUAACAAUGUUAGCUUUGUGAUGCCAAGUACAGCUCUUCUCCAAGCACAUUACUAUAAUAUUAGUGGGAUUUUCACAGAUGAUUUUCCAGCAAACCCACUAGUUCCUUUUAACUAUACUGGAAAUUUUACAGGAGGGAUUUCAACUAUGAAUGGAACUAGGCUUUUUAGGAUUGCUUUUAAUUCUACAGUUCAGAUUGUGUUGCAAGGAACUGGAAUAAUAGCACCUGAAAGCCAUCCAAUUCACUUGCAUGGGUUCAAUUUCUUUGCUAUUGCCAAGGGUGUAGGGAAUUUUGAUCUAGUGAAUGAUCCAAAGAAAUUUAAUCUGGUUGAUCCUGUGGAAAGGAACACUAUCAGUGUUCCUACUGGAGGAUGGACUGCAAUCAGAUUCAGAGCAGACAAUCCAGGUGUUUGGUUUCUACAUUGCCAUUUGGAAGUACACACAUCAUGGGGACUGAAGAUGGCAUUUGUGGUGGAUAAUGGUAAAGGACCAAAUGAAUCACUGCCUCCACCUCCAAGUGAUCUUCCACAAUGCUAGAAAAUAUUACAUGAAGCUGCUUUGAAACCAAAGCUUAUAAGACUAGGCAUAUUGAUGAGAGGGGGUAGCAGAGGCUGAUCAAUUCACACAACAAUAUUUGGAGAAGCUAAUAAACAGCAGAGGAAUUUGGUUUUUUUUUUCUUUUGGGUUGUACUAAAGGGAAGGUGCUCAAAAUGAGUGAAUAAAUCUCUAGAUGAUAGUCUUGUUGGAAUUAAUGGAAAUUGUUUGAUACAAA